AUGGCAGAAGAACCUAAAUUAGCUGAUGAUACUAACGAAUCAUGCGAAAACAUCACAAAAUACCCAAAGCUUCCGCCAGCUCCUGAGGGCAUGUCCAAGUCUCAGUGGAAGAAGGUGUGGAAGAAGCAGCAGCAGUUAGCCAAUAAAGACAAAUACGCAAAAAUUCGAAAGGAGAAGAAGCAGAAGGCCAAGGCCGCCUAUAAAGAAAGAAUCCAACAGUAUUUAGAUCGUGGGGAAGAGAUUCCCGAUGAUCUCAAGAAAACUCCUCGAGUAAAUGUGAACCAAAAAGACUCUGGAAUUCAGAUCAUCAUAGACUGUGCAUUUGACGAACUAAUGAACGAUAAGGAGAUCGUAAGCAUGUCUACACAAAUCAGCAGGGCUUAUUCCAGUAACAAAAGACAAAAUCACUUUGCCAAAAUUAAGGUUACCUCUUUCAAUGGGCGACUAAAGCAGCGGUUCGAAGAAGGCCUACAUGAUGCGAACCACCAAGCCUGGAAGAAUUUCGAAUUUGUAGAGGAUGCAAAGCUGCCAACUGAGAAUGCAAUAUACCUUACAGCUGAUGUUGACGAAAAACUGGAGGAAUUGGAGCCCGGUAUGACUUACAUAGUAGGUGGGAUUGUGGAUAAGAAUAGGUACAAGAAUCUGUGCUAUGAUAAAGCCAAGGAGCUAGGCAUCCCAGCGAGACGUUUGCCAAUUGGUGAGUAUAUAAAAUUGUGUGGUCGCAAGGUAUUGACCACUACACAUGUGAUUCAACUAAUGUUAAAGUAUUUCGAUAACAAGGACUGGAAAGAAGCUUUCGAAAGCGUGUUACCACAGCGCAAGCUCCAAAAUGAUACAGCUACGGAGGAGAGUUAA